UGUCUCUGUCCUCGGUUCUGAUAAUAUUAAUGUCAAGAUGGCGACGGGAGUCAUCAGAACCUUCCGUCUCUCGGCCACUCCCUCCUGCUAUCUACCCAUGAUCCUCCAGCAUUCCCCCAUGGAUGAGGAGGAAGAGGAGAGGGAGGAAGAGGAAGAGGAGGAGGUAAGUCCUUAUAACUUUUUAAACGUCUGACCUUUAUCUCUGAUAUUAAAGGUGUCGUAUUGAUUUGAUAAAAUAAAUGAUUAUUGUUAAUAAUAUUAUUAUUAGGAGAGGGAGGAAGAGGAAAGUGAUGAGGAGGAGGAAGCUUUCUCAAGCCCCGCCCCUUGCUCGUCAGAUCUGACCAAUCAGCUGCUUCGGUUCGCUGACACCAUCAGCCGGGACGUCAUGCGGUAUUUCGGCUGUCGCCGCGACGACCCGGACGCCCGUGACAUCUACGGCGACGACGACGACGACCGCGUCUCCACGGCGACGAGCGGACGACGGCGUUACUACGACGACCUGGUUAGGAUGGCAACGGGAAGCCCGGAGUCCGUGUCUAGGGCCGACAGUCGCCGUGUCGCCGGGGGCGACGGAAGUCUUGGUCCGUUGGCCGAGUUGUUUGACUGUCGGAUAGGUCGGAGUCGGGGACAAUGUCGUCCAAUGAACAAGAGACACCUCCCUCUCAGCUUCUGGAACGAGCCAAUCCCCUGCCUCCCUGUGGACACGCUCAUUAGCGCUGACAACACACGCACACACCACAACGUGCACUCACACGACAACGUGCACUCACACCCGGACUUCAGUGACCUGCUGGCUUACUGGGACCCCAAUCCUGACGUCACACACACACCGACCACACACACACCGACCACACACACCGACCACACACACAUACAGACACCGAUCUGACGGCGACACACUGAGUUCUGUUUAACAACGCUGGACGGUUGUGUUGUAAUUAUUGUUGUAAUUGUAAUUGUGUUUUAUUUAGUUAUCGAUCAGGUUUGUCUCAUUGAAUCUGAAUUUGGAAAGAGACAUUUGAACUGUGAGGGGUGAAGAUGUAUGAAU